CCGAAAAGUCUUUACUGUCAAUGCGAUGGCCGCAGCGUUAAGUGAAAUAUUAUUCUAUUAAAAUAAUGAGAGCAAACAUAAAUAAACCCUAGCGGUAUACUAUUUAUUUCGUAUAGAAGUUUGGAGCAGUGGAACAAUUUAAUGAUGGACCAAAAUGGUUCACAGAAUAGAGGCAAGUGGAAGAACAAGACUGAAUUUAUACUAUCUUGUAUUGGGUAUGCCGUGGGAUUAGGAAAUGUCUGGAGGUUUCCUUACUUAGCUUACAGAAAUGGAGGAGGUGCCUUUUUAGUACCGUACCUGCUGAUGCUUUUCUUAUGCGGUAUUCCGUUGUUUUUCAUGGAAUCUGCCUUAGGACAAUUUUCAAGUACUGGUUGCAUAACUGUGUUCAAAAUAUGCCUCUGUUCAAAGAAGGUUCAUGAAUCAAUCAUUUUCAGGGCCGGAUAUGCGAUAAUCAUAGUAAAUAUGAUCAUAAGCACCUAUUUCAACAUAGUCAACACUUAUCCCUUGAUGUACCUGAUGUACGCCUUCAAAGACCCGUUGCCAUGGUCUGAUUGCGACAACCCUUGGAACACAAAAGAAUGCACAAAGGUACAAACAGCUUUUCUGCUACUUCACGGACAGCACAUAAUCAAGGAACUUUAUUCGUCCUAG